UCUACCCUGAAAUACAGCCACAAAGGCCAACAAGAGCGUUCGGGUGUUUGUUCAUCGCAAAGCAACAAAGUAUGAAAUGUUGGCUGCCAACCCAUAUAUUUCUCUUUUUCAAUGGUGCUUGGGCAGUGCGGAACAGUGUGCAUUGUGUAGCGCCGAUGUAGUGAAGGUUUUUUAUUUUAUUUUGAGAGAUCAAACCUGCUUGUUGUCUACAAAUUUAAUCUUGGUUCAUCGUGCAGACUGUAUAGUUUAUGUAUAUUUUUAUUAGUUUUCGUUUUGAUUUAUUAUACAUAGAAGUGGCUAAACACACCCAUUUACACUUGGGUAUACAUAUAUCCGACGGUGGUGCUAAAUAUGUAAACGAAAUUCCUUUUUGUUGCCCCAAAGAUCUACCCCGCAUGCUUGGCAUCGACCAGAUGAAUUUAUUCCACAAUUGUCUUGCCUGUUGUAAGGUCCUUGGAUGACGGCGAAGUGUGUGUACGAAUUGUUUAUUAUUGGAUUCGAAAUAAAGUAAACAGUGGUAGAGAACUGAGCUGUAGCUGUGUGUAGCCAGAUCCUGUAUGCGGAGAAAUGUCCGGUUCCAAUGUAUGCCAAUUAUGUAGAAACAUAUCUAUGGAUAGUGUACGCCUGCAAGAUGCCAAUGGUCGUCACAACCAGGUGUAUGAUAUCACAGUGAAGUUUUUCCACGCCAAGUUUUUGGACGCUGAACAAGGUUCAUUCACUGUCUUGUGUAUGGAAUGCUGGCGCCAAAUAUCAGGUUUCAACAACUUCCAGCAGUCUGUGCUGCUUUUGCAGGAAAAUCUUCACAAAGAAAUCCAAAAAUCAACAAACUUUCUAUCAGACACCAUAGAAAUACUAUCCGAUGAGUCCAAUGGCGGCGUUGAAAUAAAAAAGGAACGCUACUUUUCUAACGUAAACACUGAUGUGGGUGAUGAUGUUUAUAAAGUUGACAAUCCCUCAAGCUCUUCCACGAUCGACGAUGAUUUCCAGGAAUUUGAAAAAUACUCCCCAGAAGAAACUAUGACUCAGCCGGAAAUCCCCGCCACAAAUACUUUUGGAUCCGGUCAGCUAAUUGUCACUGAUACAGCUGUAAAAUUCGAAGCGAAUUUUAAAGUUGAAAGGACAUCAGACGAAUGCUUGGAAUUCGUCGAAAAUGAUGUUAGUGAUGGUUGUGAAGACACAAUUACACCCCUAACAGUUGAUACCGAAAAUGGCGAAAUAAUGGUCUCCCAUCUCAAUGAGGAAAACUCAAAUGGCCAGUUGGUUGAACAUCUCAAUGAGGAAAAUUCAAAUGGCCAGUUGGUUGAACAUCUCAAUGGGGAAAACUCAAAUGGCCAGUUGGUUGACCUUGAAAAUGGACCCAGUACAUCGGAAAAGUGUGUAGUAAGAAAAAAAUCGGACAAGGAAAUGGACGCAGUUAUAGCCAAAUGGAGAUCAUCUCUAGAUUGUUAUGUAUGUGAUAGAGCUUUCAAAACAUUCGAUUCCAUUAAAAGUCAUUUUCAAAAGCGUCAUCCCAAAGAUGAAUUUUACAUAUUAUGUUGCGGCCGCAAACUGAGAUAUCGCGGCAAAAUGGAGCAGCAUGCAACUUAUCACAUGGAUCCAAAGGCGUUCGCAUGUAAACUUUGCCCCAAAAAGUUCAAAUGGAAAGCUACGCUCACUAAUCAUUUGGUUGUUGUACACCCCAAAGAAAUGGAUCGUUUCUAUCCUCAAAAUCCCCAAUAUAAACAUGUCUGCGACAUCUGUGGCAAGCGUUAUAGAGUCCCAUGUUCUUUAAGGGAGCACUACACUACCCACACAGGACAGCGAAUGCAUUCGUGUGAAGUGUGCAACAAAACUUUUAAAUACGGCUCUGGAUUAUCAUACCAUCUGGCAACAGAGCAUCCUGAGGAAUCCGAGAAAAGAAAGAAAAAACCUGGCUCUGGAAUUAUUUGUUGUCCCGUUUGCCAAAGAAAGUUCAAACAUCAUAGCAGUAUGUUUAAUCAUGUAAAAUCAUUUCAUCCGGAGCAAUUUGCCCAGAGAAAGAAGGAAAGGAAAGAAAAGCAGUAUUUAAAUUCAAAUAUGAAAUAUACUGCGCUUAGUAAUAAAUGUCAGUAAAACAUGCAUUGAGUGUUAAA